ACACCGUCCAUCAGGGCAGCAAUUUGCAACUGCAGCCAGCAAGAACGACAACACACACCCCACGCCACGGCAGAUCUUCAGCUCCUGACCUCUCCUCUCCUCACUCGCUCCACCGAGUUGACACACAACAGCUUGAACACAAGAACAAGACCAGAGGAACAGAGGGGGCCUGUUCGAUUGUGCUUUGUCUUUCCUUGUCUUUGUCUUCUGUCUCCUGUCUUUGUGUCUGCGUUUGUGUUGGUGGAGCUGCCCAGCUCGCUCGCCAUGUCACAUCAUCAGCAGCAGCAACAACAGCAGCAGCAGCAGCCGCAGCAGCCGCAGCCACCGCGGCAAUAUCAAGUACCAACAACAAAUGCGGUGCAGAUGCUGAACGAUGGGCACUUCCUGCGAGGCUCCUCGGAUGCAGACGGAACGCCGCAGCGAUCCCGAACAGACAGCACGAGCAGUGAGACGCGGCUGGUGGACAGUGAACCGCUCCAGGAUGGCCCGCUGUUCUCCGGCCGGCCCCGCCAGAAGGAGGAACAGCUCACCAUGACCAAGCACUCGUACACGCCGUCGAAAUCGCGGCCGCAGCCACGCGAUGUGGCUGCAACGGCGAGCUCGUCCCUGGGGGCGCCGUCUGCCACCCUUCCCGCCAACGGCAGCGACAGAUCAUCCUUGGCGACGUCACCGACGCCGUCGCAAACACGAUCACAGAACAUCUCCAGCGAGUCCCUUUCAGCGGCGGGCACCACCGUUGAAGAAGAGCAGGACGCCAUCAGGCGGUUUCUGAGCCGGUUCACGUGCUACGAUAUGAUGCCCGUGAGCGUGAAGAUGGUCGUCCUCGAUACACAACUGCACGUGAAGAAGGCGUUCUUUGCGCUGGUGCAGAAUCAGAUCCGCUCAGCGCCGCUGUGGGACUCGCGCAAGCAGCAGUUUGUGGGCAUGUUGACGGUGACCGACUUCAUCAACAUCCUGCUCAAGUACUACGUCUCCCCCGACAGCAAGAUGGAGGAGCUUGAGGAGCACAGGAUCCAGACGUGGCGCGACAUGUCGAGUGAUAAGCGACCGCACACACUCGCGUGCAUGGACCCUUCACUCAGCGUGCUUGAGGCGCUGACGAUGCUGCUUGAGUAUCGCAUCCACCGCCUGCCCGUGAUUGACUCGUACACGGGCAACGCAAUCUCCAUCCUCACCCACAAGCGCAUCCUCCAGUUCAUCCACCUCAACGUCAGUCACAUGCCUCUCUCUGUGUGA